AAAAUAUUGUCAUGUAUGACGAAUUGAGCUAAAAGAAACAAAGCGUAUGUCCCAAAAAUAUGUGAAGAAAUUUUGAGUUGAAGGGUCAAAGGUCUCCGGGUCAACUCCCACCAUGUUAUGAAAAAAGUUACGAAACGAUAAUUUUGUGACGCCACAAAUUCAGAACCCGGCUGAGUAUCAAAGAGGGGAAAUCAUCAGAUCUUCUAGAGACUUUCCAAGUUUGCCAAACACACAAAACAUACAACUAUGGCAUCCAGGCUGCUCACUUGUGUAACUUGUGGCACCAGACUUUCACGCAACUCUUCCAAAACAUUACAACACCUUUGCCAGGCCUCUGGUGCGGUCACAAAGAAUUGUGCAAAGUUUACAAGAGAUGCCACUGUCCUGGACGCCACAACAAUGCGAUUACCGUCGGCUGCUUUAAGCACGGGAGGCAAAAAAUCAAGCAAAAUCAUCGUCGUCCUACUACCAGACAAAAGAGUCACAGAAGAAAAAGUUGCCAAACUCGAGGGAGACAGACUGUACUUAAGGCACAAGUUUGAAAGCUGUAUUACUACCAAACAAGUUCAAAAACUGCUACAGAAUGCAGACUUAAAAAAUGGUCUGUCGCUAGAGGCUACAGUCAUUGCGCUGUACACGGUCGCUAAGCUUGAGACGCAAAAGAGUUCCGAAGAUAGGACUUCGCUCAGCGAAGACUUUUUCAAAGGUCUCUGUAGGAAGAUAGUCAACAAUACAGGACACUUGUCUACACCUUCUCUUAUACUUUCACUAGAAAGUGCCAACAUGUUUGGUAUGGCUUCAACAGACUAUCUACAGAGUGCACUCAUAUCAGAGUGUGCUUUGAGAGUUACGAGAGGAGAGUUUGAUAUUUCAGAACUUUUCGAGGUAGGCAAGUUCCUUGGACGCAUUCAACAAGACCAUCCUAUUCUUGCAGAAAUUGCUGAAGACAUAACAGAGAAGUGGGAAGAAGUGGACGAAAGAAACCUUGCAGGAUUGUACGGCUUUCUCGAAGCCUUACCACGCAUGCCAAACACUUUGAGAAGUAAGGUACUACAAAAGACAAUGUCUGUGACACCUCGGUUAUCACCCCACGACUUAAGCACAGUUGCUAGGUCUCUUACACAACUCCAGGGAAACACAAACUCUCUCUCUAUCUUCCUCCGCCUUGCAAGAUUCGCGUACAAGUACGUGCCACGAUACACAGACGAGGAACUCUGCGACGUUCUUCACGCGUACAUCCAUUUCGGUCACCACGACUGGUCUCUAACGAAGGCGUUUGAACAGUUUGUUCCAAACAGAGUAUUUACCAUGAACCCUUCGGCAGUCACCAAAGUUAUGGAAUAUCUCUCCGCCAAACGAGUUCUCUCCAAGCCGAUCUUUGAUGCCGUCGCUGAAAGCUUCGUCUACAACGCAGAGGGAUUCUCGCCAGAGCAAAUCGCCAGCCAGAUCGUACCGUACGGACAGUUGAACUAUCUCCCGCCAAACGCCUACAGGUUUUUGGAGAAAGUUGAGCAGUUGUUGAUGGCACGUUAUCACCUGUUUCCCCUAGAGAUGAUGGUGAACAUGCUGUUCUCAUUUGCCUGUGUGGGGAGGAUCCCGUUGAACUUUGUGAACAGGGUAUGCAGUCCUUAUGCUGAGUUGCAGCUAGAAGGAGAUUCUGGGAGGAUAGACAAGGAGAUCCACAAGAAGUUAACACAACUCAUGCUGGCAGUGGAGUUAGAAUGUCCACAGUUUAAGCCACAGAAACUCAUGAAAAAGUUUAACCAGCCUUUGGACCCCCAGCUGCCAGCCCCCAGGUUCUUUGACCACCCCACCAUGUACAUACUACAGCAGUCACUCAGUAAUGUGCUGGGAGGAAGGCAGUAUCUGGUGCACAACGUGAUGCUACCUUCUGGCUACAUUGCUGAUUUUGAAGUGAAGCUAGACAAGGAGGGGCAUGUUCUGCCAUACAGCAAUGGAUAUGUGAAGGAGAAUGACGAAUCUGUUGAAAGAAGAAUUGUGAUAUGUGCCCUUUUCCCUCACAACUACUGUACGGACACCCAGCACCUGCUGGGCAGACAGGUGAUGAAGAUGCGGCACCUGAAGCUGCUGGGUUAUCAGGUGGUACAGGUGCCGUACUUCGAGUUUGGUGCCUUGAAAACUGACCAGGCCAGAGCAAAGUACAUUCACCAGAAACUCUUCCCAACAACCUACAAAUUCAGCUGGUAGUGGCCUGCAGUUUGGCAAUGAAAUGAUAGGGGGCAUAAGUGUACUGUGUGCACUGGAGUUUCCAUCCAUCCCUGAGUGUGACUCAAAACAAGAUCCUACAAGGUUUGAAAGAUAUAUCCAAUACAGAUCGCUUUCCUAUAUCACUAGCAAUAUUUUUGCUGGCAGUAGCUUUUUAUAUCCAUCCUAUAAACAAAACCCAUACAUAGAUUGAAAUGAAUAAUUUUCAACAAAUGUGUAUAAAGAAUUGAUAGGGUUUCACCAAAAUGGUUGCAGUUAUUUGAUCACAUGCUAGAUGACAUUAUGUAAGAAGAAAAUGCAAGAUGGUGUUGUGCAAGAGGAAAAAUGCUAGACAGUGUUGUGUAACAAUAGGUAAGAAGAAAAGUGCAGAGGCAAGUUAUUAAAAUCACAAAGGUAAUGUUGGAAUUGGACAUGGAUUAAAAGCGAAUGUGACUUAAGUCUAGAGCAAGAGCAGAAAGGACUGAAUACUUAACCUUAUUCAUAUUUUGUCAUUCAAAAUAUUUAUUUCAACCAAGCUAUUGGCCAGUUAUACAUCAUGUUAAAUAUUUCAGGAGAGUUAACAAGCAUUCCCUAAUAUAUGGUGCAAUAUAAUAUGGACUAGUCACAUUAAGUUGCAAAACAGUUCAAAGCUGCCUUGUGUUCAUAGAUCAAAUGUGCCUAAUUUUGAUAUAUUGCGCAGAAAAAUUGAUUUCUUGAAUGUGUGUACUACAUUUUGUAGUAUAUGAAAAAUGAAAUGAAUAAAAGGAUUCAAAGAUUGUCAGCAAAA